AUGGCGUACCCUCUCUCUUCCACCUUCAACAUUCCCAUAAUUCGUCUCCCUUUCUUCCAUCGCACCACAAUAGCGCCUUCUCGAAUUUUCUGCUUCUCAAAGAACCACAACCUCCCAAAGGACCAACCCGAUGACACUUCAGCGACUAUAAGUGUGAGGUUAAUGAAGCAAUUCAAGAGUGUGGUUCCUAUCUUAAUUGCCUCCACCAUUCAGUCGAGUUUUCUGUUUCCGUUGCUCGAUUCGGUUCCUUAUGUGUCUUCUCCUGCUGCCAAGGCUAUUCUGUAUUCGCCAGAUACCAAGGUUCCCAGAACUGGAGAAGUUGCUCUUAGGAGAGCCAUUCCUGCAAAUUCUAACAUGAAGGCUAUACAGGAGACUCUUGAAGAUAUUUCUUAUCUCUUGAGGAUUCCACAAAGAAAACCUUAUGGAACAAUGGAGGGGAAUGUCAAGAAAGUUUUAAAGAUAGCGGUAGAUGAAAAGGAUUCUAUAUUGGCAAGUAUACCAGCAGAACUGAAGGAAAAGGCUUCUUUGUUGCAUGCAACUCUAAUAGAUGGAAAGGGGGGUUUGCAAGUUCUCCUACAAUCUAUUAAGGAACAGGAUGCGGAUAAAGUGUCAGUGAACCUUCAAUCUACACUGGAUAUUGUGGCAGAGCUAGAGACAUUACAGGCACCAGGACUAUCUUUUCUCUUGCCGGGGCAGUACAUGCAAUAUCCACGGCUUUCAGGGAGAGGAACUGUUGAGUUCAUAGUUGAGAAAGGAGAUGGAUCAACAUUUUCUCCCGUUGGCGGAGAAGAGAGAAAAACUGCCACCAUUCAGGUAGUUAUAGAUGGAUAUUCGGCUCCAUUAACUGCAGGGAAUUUUGCAAAACUGGUGAUGGAUGGAACAUAUAAUGGCAUAAAGCUCAACUGUUCCAAUCAAGCUAUACUCUCGGAAAAUGGACUAGAUAAGAGCAGUGGUUACAGUGUUCCCUUGGAAAUAAUGCCAGCCGGACAAUUUGAGCCCCUAUAUAAAACACCAUUAAGUGUACAGGACGGAGAACUGCCAGUUCUGCCUUUAUCUGUUUAUGGAGCAGUUGCUAUGGCUCAUAACGAAGCCUCUGAGGAGUAUUCAUCACCUUAUCAGUUUUUCUUCUAUCUCUAUGAUAAACGAAAUGCUGGCUUGGGAGGGAUAUCAUUUGAAGAAGGGCAAUUUUCAGUUUUUGGAUAUACCACCAUUGGUAGAGAUAUUCUCCCCCAGAUAAAAACUGGUGAUAUCAUUCGUUCGGCAAAGCUGAUUGAAGGCCAAGACCGCCUUGUGUUGCCAAAGGAAAGUUGA